UAUAAGAUGCGCGGACAGCAGGCGUGCCCCUGGGAUGGGGGCUGUGGCCGUGUCUAGCUGUUCAGGUGCGCUGUGCUCAUCGUCCCUGCGCACCUACAGCCGCAGACCGCCGGGGGGGGGCGGGGGAUGCCGGGCUGCCGCAUCAGCGCCUGCGGCCCGGGGGCCCAGGAGGGGACGGCAGAGCCGGGGUCGCCGCCGCCGCCCCGGGAUCCCAUGCCGUCCUCUCAGCCCCCGCCCCCAACUCCGACUUUGACCCCUACCCCGACCCCGGGUCAGUCCCCGCCGCUGCCGGACGCAGCUGGGGCUUCGGCAGGCGCGGCCGAGGGCCAGGAGCUGCAGCGCUGGCGCCAGGGCGCUAGCGGGAUCGCGGGGCUCGCCGGCCCCGGAGGGGGCUCUGGCGCGGCUGCGGGGGCGGGGGGCCGCGCGCUGGAGCUGGCCGAAGCACGGCGGCGGCUGCUGGAGGUGGAGGGCCGCCGGCGCCUGGUGUCGGAGCUGGAGAGCCGCGUGCUGCAGCUGCACCGCGUUUUCUUGGCGGCCGAGCUGCGCCUGGCGCACCGCGCGGAGAGCCUGAGCCGCCUGAGCGGCGGCGUGGCGCAGGCCGAGCUCUACCUGGCGGCUCACGGGUCGCGCCUCAAGAAGGGCCCGCGCCGCGGCCGCCGCGGCCGACCCCCCGCGCUGCUGGCCUCGGCGCUGGGCCUGGGCGGCUGCGUGCCCUGGGGUGCCGGGCGACUGCGGCGCGGCCACGGCCCCGAGCCCGACUCGCCCUUCCGCCGCAGCCCGCCCCGCGGCCCCGCCUCCCCGCAGCGCUGACCUCCACGCCCGGACCCCUGGCCACCCCGACAAGCUUCGCCGAGGUGCCGACCGACCAACUGAUCGCGGACGCCGGCUGGAAGGACUACGGAUCCGCAGGAAGAGGCAGUGGGGGGCCAGGGGCCCAGUAGAGGAGGCUGAGGUGCGGUCUUAGCGGCUGCUACUCGGAAGGCUGAAACAGGAGAAUCGCUUGAACCUGGGAGGCAGAGGUUGCGCUCCUUCCAACUCCUCAGAACCUCCACUCUAUGGAUCUGGACCUCUGGAUUCGGCUUUCUCCCUGGGCACUGCCUUCAGGAAGACGUUGAGAAUUGACCUUACACAAUCCCAGCGCCCUCCUCACAGGAGCCUUUCACUUUACAGUGGCAAGGGGCUGGUUCUGGGGAACUGGCUGAUGCUCUGAAUUUCUUCAUAUACCCCACAUUUGACUUUGGCUUACACUGUACAAUUGGAGAUGUUGCUACAGGUCCCUGAGAUGCAAUCAGAUUAAGCGUAGCAAGCAUUGCCAAUGGGAAAGUCAAAAUAAUUUAUUUUUUUUCCCUUUCCCCCUACCCCAUCCCCAGCCAAGAAUUUCUUUUAAAGAUAUCGUCAUCAUUCUUAAACAACAUUCUUAACCCCCAGCUGGGGUCCCCAUUUUAGUAGAUGUCAUUGCUUCAAGUCUAACGGCGCCGGGAGGCCUGUUUGAGGGAAAACAUUAGUUUGAAAAAUCCCCGUUCCCUUCAUCCACUGCCCUUGUUCUCCACGUGGGAGUGUGCCUGUGGCCCCUUAGAAAGAUAGUCUGCUGGCUCCUAGGGGUUGGGGUGGGGGACACACCUUUUUCUCAGGAAGAGGUGAUGGCAAUGUAAAACAUCUAAGCAAAGUUUUAAAUGAAAAAAAGGAAACACAUUUAAACAUCCUGAUAAUGGAGGGAAGGGGGGCACAUUUACACAUAGCCCAGAACUUGUAGAAUUCUGCAUAGUGAAUGUAUAUUGAAUUAGUCUCCUGCCUUAUACAUUCAGGAAGAAUAAAUUUCCAUAAUGUAAGGCAAA